CCGGAUUCAUCCGGUUGUUCCUAGAAUAGAACAGUCUGUAAAGGCCUCACAACUUUUUCAUCCAAACACACUUUCACUCUUCCCAAACAAAAUGUUGGCUCACCGGUCGAUCGUUGGUGUUGCGCAGGGCGCAUUCAGGUCCGCCCAGCCAUUCAGACGGUAUGCUUCUGCCUCCCCGACUGCUGCUUUCGCUGGGAACAAGGGUAGCAACGGCAAAUACACCGUGACUUUGGUUCCUGGAGAUGGUAUUGGCCCAGAGAUCAGUGAAUCGAUCAAGGACAUCUACACUGCAGCAAACGUCCCCAUUCAAUGGGAGGAAGUCAGUGUUACUCCGGUUGUAAAAGGUGGGAAAACGGUUAUUCCGGACGUUGCAAUCAACUCGAUAAAGAAGAACACUGUUGCUCUGAAAGGACCGCUGGCAACUCCAAUUGGCAAGGGUCACGUCUCUUUGAACUUGACUCUGCGUCGGACGUUUAACCUCUUCGCUAACGUUCGUCCGUGUGCGUCAAUCAAGGGCUUCCAGACCCCUUAUGACAACGUUGACACCGUUCUGAUUCGGGAAAACACCGAAGGAGAGUACUCCGGUAUUGAACACGAGAUUGUGGACGGGGUGGUCCAGUCGAUCAAACUUAUUACAUGGGAUGCCUCUGAGCGUGUUGCCCGUUAUGCGUUCCAUUAUGCACAGGCCAGCGGAAGGAAGCGGGUCACGGCUGUACAUAAGGCCAACAUCAUGAAAAUGUCGGACGGCAUGUUUUUGUCCGCAUGUCGCCAAGUUUCCAAAGAAUUCCCUGAUAUCGCUUACGACGAAGACCUUUUGGAUCGUGUCUGUCUACAGGUUGUGCAGAACCCCCAACCCUACUCCAGCCGAGUCAUGGUGAUGCCUAAUCUCUACGGCGAUAUUUUGUCGGACAUGUGCGCUGGAUUGAUUGGUGGCCUUGGCUUGACACCUUCUGGCAACAUUGGUCGCGAUGCAUCAAUUUUCGAAGCCGUACACGGAUCGGCUCCCGAUAUCGCAGGGAAGGGAUUAGCUAAUCCUACUGCUCUUCUUCUGUCUUCUCUCAUGAUGCUGAGACAUAUGAACUUGAAUGAGCAUGCCGCGAAGAUCGAGGAGGCUGCCCUUAGUACCAUCGCAGAGGGUAAGACGAUCACGGGUGAUCUUGGUGGGAAGGCGUCGACGAUGGAGUACACGCGUGCGAUCAUCGAAAAGCUGACCAAGGCAUGAUUGUUGCCUUAGAAAGGCUUGAGAUUUGUAGACAGAUAGAGGGUAUAUCUACGAAUACCAGAUAAUUGGGAUUAGCUUUGAUUUGCUUUCGGUUCCUUGCUUCCGCUGCCGACUUUGAUUGCGUGGGAAAUAAUAGCCUGCGGAUGAAAACGAACAAGUUGGUGUUAACUUCUGUUCUUACGACGACCAGCUUUAAG